CCGCGCGACAUUUAUAUAAGGUAUACGGAUAUUGAUAGAAGAGCUCUAUUAGUCCGUCUGGCUGUUCGCAUUAAACUUUCGGGCUGCCGAAGCCAUUAAAUCGCAACUAUGUCGCAGCGACCGUCCAGCCGCGAAGACUUCGAAGUUGCCAUCAUUUGCGCUUUGCCACUCGAGUAUGAUGCGGUUGUCCUCCUGUUCGAUGAGUUCUGGGAUGAAGAUGGGGAUACGUUUGGAAGAGCAAUUGGAGACGUCAACAACUACAGAACAGGUUGCAUUGGCAAGCAUAAUGUUGUGCUAGCUCUCUUAUCCCACAUGGGCAAGGCUCACGCAGCGGCGGCGGCCGCUAGCAUGCGGUCCAGCUACGGAGCUCUCAGACUGGUUAUCCUAGCGGGAAUCUGUGGCGGCGUGCCAUUUAAUAGCCAAGGCGAAAUAUUCCUCGGAGACGUGGUUAUUAGCAAGUCUAUUAUCCAAUACGAUUUCGGCAGAAAAUAUCCCAAUGGGUUUAUGCGCAAGACUACAGAUGAAGAUAACCUCAGGAAACACGGAAAAAAUAUUCGCAACUUCUUGACGAAAUUUGAUACAAGCAGCGAUAAGGGUAGGCUUUUCGAAAGAACGGCUUAUUUUCUUAAACAGCUCCAACAAAAGGCUUCAAAGGAUCAAGACAAAUAUAAAUACCCUGGAAUAGCCGAAGAUAAGUUAUUUGAGUCAAGCUAUCGUCAUAAGCACCGCAACUCAGUGGCGUGCAUCUGCAACAAUUGUCAUGGAAGAAAGGAUCCAGUAUGUGAUGGAGCCCUUAGCUCGUCGUGCGAUAAUUUGGGAUGCGAUGAAGAUUAUCUGGUGGUGAGAAAACAACUUAAAGAGCAAGACAAGGCGCAGGAGCCGGCUAUCUAUAUUGGCGCAGUUGCAUCGGGUGAUACUGUAAUGAAAUCUGGAGAAGACCGGGACAGCAUCGCAAGGAGGGAAAGCGUGAUUGCGUUUGAGAUGGAGGGAGCUGGAGUCUGGGAAGAAAUGCCAUGCAUUGUGGUCAAAGGCGUGUGCGAUUAUGCCGACUGUCACAAGAACAAGCUAUGGCAGCACUUCGCAGCGGCGACGGCAGCAUCUGCAUCGAAGGCAAUUCUUGAACAGUAUAUUCGAACGGAUAGAGGUCGUGGCCAGUUUAUUGAAGACUCGCUGAGAUCCCUCUUCCUCGUUCCUCUUAGACGAAACCAAGACUUUAUUGGGAGAGACACUAUUUUAUCAGGGCUUCUGGGAAAGAUUCAGCCGGACGCAAAUAAAGACAACUGCCAGAGAACUAUUAUAGAAGGUCUCGAGGGUGUCGGUAAGACACAGAUUGCAUUAGAGGCUGCCUAUCUACUCCAUAACGAGCAACCUGACUGCUCCAUUUUCUGGGUCCCAGCGGCAGACGCAUUGACUUUUGAAAUCGCUUACCGCAAUAUCGGCAAACAGUUAAAGAUUCCACAAAUUAACGAAGAUGAAACCGAUUUUAAGCAGCGUGUUAAAGUUGCCCUAAGUGCAGAGAGCAGCGGUAGCUGGCUCUUGGUCGUCGAUAAUGCAGACAAUAUAAAUCUGCUCUUUGGCCCUGCUGGUAUUCUACAUUAUCUCCCGUUCAGUCGAACGGGCUCGAUCUUAUUUACAACACGGAAUCAUGAGACAGCAGUCAGGUUGGACAUCUUAGCGGAAAGCAUUUUUAGUAUACCAGAAAUGUCUGAGAGUGAGGCCCUCAGCCUACUACAGGAAGGUCUAAAGAGGAGCCAGACAAACAAUAUAGAGGCCUCGAAGAGGCUGCUUGAUAUGCUAGCAAACCUACCGCUAGCAAUCAGGCAGGCGUCGGCAUACAUGGCCACAAAACACAUAUCAACUCUCGACUACCUUGAACUUUGCGAAUCAGAACCUAAGGAUAUGAUUGAUUUAUUAAGCAGAGAUUUCGAGGACCGACAUCAAUUCGCAAAGAACCCAGUGGCUAUAACAUGGCUUAUUUCAUUUAGCGAUAUUAUACAGCGUGACCAGCUGGCAGCAGAGUAUCUUAAAUUUAUAAGCAUCUUAGCGGAAGAGGAUAUUCCAAAAUCUCUUUUACCUACAGCUACGGAAAGAAAGGCUAUACACGCAAUUGCAACGCUACGGGCAUAUGCAUUCAUCACUGAGCGGGAGGGAGAAGAUUCAUUUGAUACACAUCGGCUUGCGCGACUAGCUAUGCGAAACUGGCUAAAGAAGGAAGGGGAGCUGAAGCAGUGUGUAACGUCUGCGAUACAACGGCUUAAUGACGUGGUGCCAUAUCCAAAGCAUACGAACAGCGCUGAUUGGAUGAAGUACCUACCGCACGCACAGGCUGUCUUAGAGCUUUCAGAAUAUUCUACUAGCAAGGAGGCUGAGGCGAGUCUAUUUACCAAAGUGGCCGAGGGAAAUAAUCGGCUAGGACAAUAUCAAAUAGGAGAGCAGAUACACCGGAAGGCAAUUAAGCUAAGGGAGAAGGUGUUCGGCAAAUAUGACCAAAACACACUUGUCAACAUGAGUAAGCUCGCAGAUACGCUUUAUAAUUUAGGCAAAUUUCCAGAAGCAGAGGAGGUAUAUCGGCAGACAUUUAAUCUAAAGAAAGAGGUGCUUGGGUUAAACCAUCCAUCAACUCUUCAAACAAUGAACUACCUUGCGACUGCGCUCAGAAGAUUAAGCAGAUAUCGAGAGGCAGAGCAGAUAUACCGGCAGAUAUUUACGCUAAAGGAGAAAGUGCUUGGUAUAGACCAUCCGUCAACGCUUGAGAGCAUGAAUUGCUUUGCAAGUAUACUUUCUGAUUUAGGUAAAUACAAAGAAGCAGAGAAACUACAUCAGGGGGCACUUAAGCUAAAUGAGGUGGUGUUUGGCAAAAACCAUCUUGCAACACUUAAUAGUAUGAAUAACCUUGCGCUUGUGUUUUUUCAAUUGGGUAAACUUGAAGACGCAGAGAAACUACAAUGGGAGACACUUGAGCGAAAAGAAAGAGUGUUUGGUAAAGAAGAUUUAUCAACACUUGAUAGCAUGGGUAACCUUGCAAAUACAUUUUCCGUUCAAGGUAGAUAUAAAGAAGCAGAGGAACUACUUCAGCAAUCGUUCAAGCUAAAGAAGAAGGUCCUUGGCAAAGACACUCAUCCAUCAGUACUUAAAGAUAUGCAUGGCCUUGGGAUUUUGCUUUAUCAGCUCGGCAAGUAUAUGGAGGCAGCGAAAUUGCAAGAGAAGACACUUGAGCUGAAAAAGGAAGUGUUUGGUAGAAGUCAUCCAACAACACUUGAGGCCAUGAAUAAUUUUGCAUGCGUGCUUAGAAAAUUAGGCAGAUCUACAGAAGCAGAGAAUCUACAUCGACAGACACUCGCGUUUAGGGAGGAAGUCUUUGGCAAAAGUCAUCCUGCAACAAUUGAGAGCAUGAAUAAUCUUGCGAAUUUGUUUUCUGAUUCAGGCAGGUAUAUAGAAGCAGAGGAACUGCGGCUGCAAACGUUGAAGCUAAGAAGAGAGUGGUUGGCAAGAGAUGUCCUUUGAUAUGAAAGCUGGAAUAAUAUUGCGAACUACAUAAGAGAAAAGAGCAGGCAAGGGGUCAAAGCUAGAUAUUCUCUACCCCUUUAGUGACCAUAAAAACAGGUACUUGCACGUGUGCUAGACUAGUGCAUAUAGGCUUAUGGCUUAUACAUCCAACUCGCGGUUGCACACAGUCACUAUUAUAUUAUCUCAUUGACAAUUGUCUGAACAGGACGGCUUUCCAGAGAACGGUCCGGCCUAAGAGACACACUUACUGGGAAGAGGCAAUCGCCUCGGCCAAACCAGGCAAAUCCAUCUUCCGCAUCAUGGAAUAAUAAAAGAGGAAAGAACCCUUCC